AUGGCAUCCUCAUCGUCAAACGUAGUGGGUGUCCACUACCGUGUGGGCAAGAAGAUCGGUGAAGGCUCCUUUGGUGUCAUUUUCGAGGGCACCAACCUCCUGAACAACCAGCAGGUCGCCAUCAAAUUCGAACCCCGGAAAAGCGAUGCUCCCCAGCUCCGCGAUGAGUACCGGACAUAUAAGAUUCUGGUUGGAUGCCCUGGCAUUCCCAAUGUCUACUAUUUCGGACAAGAGGGUCUGCACAACAUCCUCGUUAUCGAUCUUCUCGGUCCUUCUCUGGAGGAUCUCUUCGAUCAUUGCAACCGCCGCUUCACCACAAAGACUGUUGUGAUGGUAGCCAAGCAGAUGCUUUCGCGCGUUCAAACAAUUCACGAGAAGAACCUCAUCUACCGAGACAUCAAACCAGACAACUUCCUUAUUGGCCGGCCAUCAACGAAGGCUGCCAAUGUUAUCCACGUGGUUGAUUUCGGUAUGGCUAAGCAAUACCGUGAUCCCAAGACCAAGCAACACAUUCCUUACCGCGAGCGUAAAUCCUUGUCUGGCACUGCUCGUUACAUGAGUAUCAACACGCAUCUGGGGCGUGAGCAAUCUCGGCGUGAUGACUUGGAAGCUCUUGGCCAUGUCUUCAUGUAUUUCUUGAGGGGUGGCCUUCCCUGGCAGGGCCUGAAGGCUGCUACCAACAAGCAGAAGUACGAGAAGAUUGGCGAGAAGAAGCAAACGACGGCAAUCAAGGACCUCUGCGAUGGUUAUCCAGAAUUCAACAAGUACCUCAGCUACGUCCGUAACCUUGGUUUCGAGGACACCCCUGACUACGAUUAUCUGCGUGAUAUCUUGACACAAGCUCUCAAGAACGCCGGCGAGGUGGAGGAUGGCGAGUACGACUGGAUGAAGCUCAACAACGGACGGGGCUGGGACUAUAAGUCCUACCCAAACCAGUCACAUCUCCACAACCAGCACCAGAGCUCGACUGCUCGCGACCCGCAUGCCAGAGAGCUCCGCAGCAGCCAACGUCCAGGAGUGACAGCCGACCGUUUAAACGCCGCGCAGCCCCCGCCUCCUUCUCCAGCCAAAGUUGGAGCUGGAAAGACGCGCGAGCGACCAAGCGCCGGCGGCGCCAUUCCUCCCAAACGCCAGAGCGCGGGGGUGGAAUCAUCGACUCCAGCUGCGUCAACCCAGGCUCAGUUUCAAAAUUCCAAUGCCCACCUCUCCGGUCGCAACGGGAGUCCAGGGAACCCGGGGCUGAGUAACCAACAGCCCCUUGGUGCCCCAGGUACCCCUGAAUCGACACCCACUUUCUCGCAGAAGUUGAUGAAGGCUCUGUGCUGCGGUAGGUGA